AUGUCCCCAGAUAUCAACUCUCUUCCACAGUCUCGCUCAUCCUCCACCUCUUCAUCUCUGCCUCAUCGCAACCCCCCGACUGCCUCUCCAGGGACGGUCCCGGCUCCAAUGAACCCCAACACAACUUCCCCUCGACCCUCCCGCGGAUCCAGUGCGGGCCGACUAUCGGUUUCCGAACGACGCCGGUCGGCCGCCGGCAUGAAUCUAAACCUGAACGAGUUGCCUAGUGCCUCGGGAAUUCACGGCGAGAGCCCCUGGCCUGAUCACCGCUCCUCAAUCGGCCAUGCAUUCCGUACGGCCAGUCCCACCAGUCACGGCGGCAGCCCAGUCUUCGCGACAGCGGACCCGCACCACCAGCGCGCACCCUCCCUUGGAGAGCUACACCAGGAAUUAGAGCAGGAGCAAGAGGCGCAAGUGAAUCGUUUACUACAGAUGAUUCGCAGCCAGCAGGCCCAGCUACAAUUAUUCCAGCAACAACAGUCCACGCAGCCAGGUGCUAGCACGGCAAUCGUCGAUGAGCCGACCCCGUCCGAACGGUCCUCCUCAUUUUCCCUUCCUAUCCCCCCCACCUGUGCAAGCACCCAGCAGUCGGCUGUCAAUCUCCUCGGUUUCCAAUCGCCGAUCCUCACGGCCACCCAGCCAAACGACAUCUCCAAGCCUGCAACCCCUAGAUGCCUUACGAGGAUCCGAAGGCACGGAGGCAUUCCCAGCUCUACCGAGUUUAUCGCGCCGUGGAAGCCGAGAUGA